GGAUCACAGCAUUUCACGAUGGCUUGUGAUGUCGUAGUUUUUGUCAUGUUAUGUCCGAAUCCUGGGGGUACCUGAGACAUGGUGCUCUGCCCACGAGGACAGAGGACAGAGGUCACGCGGUAGAUGCCUUUCUUAAUAUCAAAGUUGUGUUGUGUGCUUUCAUCUUUCUUUCAAGAACUACAGCUAUUCUUACGGUCAUAGUGAUAUUCAGUCUUUACAGUUGCGUCUUGGUUCAAAAUGUCGACCGUGGAGUCCAUAGAGGAUCGCUUCUGCAAUAUACCAGAGGCGCCAGAAUAUUAUAUGAGCCUCGAUUCGGAAGAGAUUUCAUCUCAGUUUAAAGAUUUUGAUGACAGCUUUGGUUUUAGGAUUCUGGACGAGAGGCUGCGGCGGGCUCAAAGUAGGAACUUUGUGUUGGAUUUUGGGGACGAUGCCGCUUGGUGUGCUUUUGAUCUGAAUACAGACGCGGUAUCCAAGUUGUUGAGGUCGAAAAGGCCAGCAUCGCUACACACACGAUGGAUCAAUAUAUGGCUCCCGGACCAGCAGCGAGAGCUAUUAACAGAUAUCGCCAAAUACUACGAUUGGUCUCCUCGUCUCCUGGGGCUCAUGUGCUCGCCGCCCAUCAAAAGAGCCUCCAAAUCGCUGUCCACGCCCCAGAGCGGCUCCGGAAUCCUACACUGGAGCUCCGGUCGCUCUGCCCGCUCCAAGACCUCGUCCGACUUCUCCGCCGCCCUCGAAGAAAAAGUCGGCCUCGAUGGGCUUCCGAAAGUGCGCGAUCAGGAGUUGAAUCACUACACCCUUGCGUCCGAGGUACUGCACUGGAGCACCGUCGACUUCGGCCGCAAAUACGUCUCUGUCGGCUACAACACCCUCCACGACGUCUCCUCCAGCUCCGUCCGCCAACCCUUCUCCUCCACCCGCGACGUCCCCCCCGGAAAGCGCGUCUGGACCUGGCUGAUCUACUGCGAAGAAAAAACCGUCAUCGCCGUGCACGAGGACCCGUUCCCCUUCCGCGACGCCGCCCUCGACCCCCACGAGCUGCACGCCCUCACCAUGGUCCGUCGGAACCUCACUAACGUCUUCCGCCAGUGCUCCAAGGCGCACGACUCCUCGCUCGACAUCCCGCUGAUGCAGCUGCCGAUCCGGAAACGCGUGGGUGACAGCAUGGAGGAGGCGGCGCAUAGCGCCACCGACGCGCCCGGGCUGCUGUUCUAUAGCCUGUUCGACGACUGGUUGACCAGCUACGGGCUGAUCGGUCGCCGUCAGUACUGCUACGCGGACGAACUCAACCGGCUGCGCGAGGAGAUGCUCACGCGCGCGUCGCUCGCGCACGUCUCGCAUCUGCACGCGCUGGGACGGCAGCUCUCAGCGCUCAAGCGGCUGUACGUGUCGUACGAGUCGAUCGUGGAGCGGAUCCUCUACAAGCAGGAGAUCUCGCUAGCGUCGCUGAAGAACUCGAACGUGCUGGGAUCCGGACUGGAUUCGCCGGCGCUGCAGGUCAGCACGGCGAUGGUGGACAGCGGGAACCUGAUGGGGGUGGCCAUGAGCAGCGCAGCGCGGGUGCGGUUCGAGCGGCUGAAGGACAUGAUCCGGCUGUACGCGCUGCGGGAGAUCAACGAGAACCUGGAGCUGAAGGAGGGGUUGAUGGUGAUGAACUUCAACUUGAUCGCGAUCAAGGAGUCGUAUUCGGUGGAGCAGUUGACGCGGACGACGCUCUUCGUGGCGAAGCUGACGAUGCUGUUUAUGCCGGUGUCGUUGAUGACGGCAUACUUUAGCUGCGCGUUGGAGGAUGUCACGUUCUCGAGUCGAGGGUAUUGGACGGCGUUUGGGGUCGUGUUGGGGUUGUCGUUUGUGGUUCUAUUUCUCUUUUCGUGGAUCAGUGGGACGUUGGAUGGGCGGAUGUUCUACGUUCCGUGGACGCAGCGGUUGUGGCUGUGGCUGGAGGGGAUGGUGUGCCGAAAGGAACCGCCGGACUCCAGAGAUUGACUGGACAGCUACCCUACCGUUCACGUAGGCAGAAGCAUACCGACGGAAAUUCAGGCACGGGACGGACAUGGACCACUCGAAGAGGAAAGAUACACUUCAUAGC